CCACCAACUUCCGUGAGGUAGGCGAGCACCCAUCCCCAUGGCGAGUCUCCUUUCCUCCUCCGUGCUCCUGCCCGUCGGCCACCCCACCUCCCGCUGCAGCGCCGGCGGCCGCCUCCUCUCCACCAAGGUCUGGGGCCUCCUCUCCUUGGCCGCGCCGGAGGACACCAAGGUCUGCGGCCUCCUCCCGGUCCCGGCGACCUCACGCGGGAGCGCUCACGUGGUGCUCGCGGUGCCGGAGGGCGCCACGGGCGGCUUCCUCUCCUUCGAGGCGUCGGAGGACACCAAGGUCUGGGGCCUCCUCCCGGCCAACGCCACCAAGGCCACGCGCGGGAACGGCAUCGUCGCGCUCGCGGUGCCGGAGGGCGCUUCGGGCGGCUGGGGCCUCCUCCCGGCCAACGCCACCAAGACCUCGCGCGGCGUCCUGGCGCUCGCGGUGCCGGCGGGCGGGUGGGACCUCCCGCCGGCCAACGCAACCAAGACCACCCGAGGGAACGGCGUCGUGGCGUUCGCGUGGCCGGAGGAGGGCGCCAACCGCUGGAGCGGCUGGGGACCCCUCCCGGAGGGCGCGCCGGCGGAAGAUGUCAAGGCCUUCUACGCUCAGGAUUUCAUCAAUCGUGUUGACAAGAUUGGCACCAUCAAUAGCUACGCCCUUUUUGGGCACGCCGACAUCCUGGAGGUUGCGGCGGAAGCCGCCGAGAGGUGCAUCCAGGUGGUUGACCUACUUCAACCAGUGCUGGUGGAUCAGUUCGCGAGCCGCCCUCGAGCAUUGGGGGUCACCACGACCCUGAGCGUUGGCCUGGUCGAACAUUGCCGGAUCGUCUUGUCCGAGUGUGAGGAGGGUUACGUCCGGGAGCAUCCGCUGCGCGAAGCCUUUUACGGUCUCAAUGCCCUCAAUCGAAGGGGCUACCCCAAGCCCGCCCUCGUCACCGCGUCCCGGACAGAGGCGGACAAGGUGGCCUACUUCAAGCAUCUGGCGGAUGAGUUCAAGGAGCUGGCCCUCGAGGUAGAGGCGUCCGUCAAGGAGUGGAUCGACUCUGACUCUGGCAAGUCGGCUAGGUGGUUCGAUCAGCCCGUGAAGAUGCGGUUCGACGACUAGAUCGAGGUGCCUCUGCAUGCCCCGCGAGCUCCAUUCACUCCAAUGUUUCAUGCUCUUCUUUUUGUAUCCGGUCGUCUAUUAGUCCUUGCUGAUCCGCAUUUUUAUCCGUUCGUGUACUGGAACUAUUAUUAAUUAGCUACCCCUUUCAUUUCAUUUUGAAUCCGAUCAUGUACUGGGAACUGGCUACUCGUCCGUCCUUUUGUGUCUCUUCAUUCAUGUACUGGGAACAUGAACUACUUAGUGAUUUGCAAGAUGUUAGUUCAGACUUUUUCUUUUUGAGGUAUCCCUUCAUGUAUGAUCCAACAGGU